AUGAUAUUAUUAAAAAUAGUAAUUGAUAAUUAUGUUGAGUGGAUGAAACGAUGUGUUUCAAAACUAACUCGGUUACGUAUCGAUUUAAAAUUAAAACGACUUAUAACGGAACGUUAUCAUCGUCUGCUUUCCUCGCUUUGUAUAUAUUUAUAGUUGAAGCAUUUGUAGCGUAAACCGCAGAACGAUGCGGACCGCUACAACGAUAACUUUAACAACAACAUAUUUGUUGUUGGUGUUGUCGACGGUAAAGAGUUCAUUAGUGUUAGAAUUGGACGGACAAUGGAAACUAGAAGAUUCAACACGAAAUUAUCAGGAAUUAAACGCAAACGUUCCCGGCGGAAUUUAUACAGAUUUAAUGGAAAAUAAAAUCUUGGAAGAUGUCUUUUUUGGAUUUCGAGAUGUUGAAACGCGAUGGGUUGCUCAAAAUAAUUGGACUUAUUUUAGGAAUUUUGUUGUUGAUGAAGCAUUGCUUGCUCAUGACAACAUCAAACUCGUUUUCGAUGGUUUGGACACAUUUUCACAAAUAAUCCUCAACGACCAUCUAAUAGGAACUAGCGAAAAUAUGUUUGUACAAUACAUUUUCGAUGUGUUACCGUAUUUACAGAAUGGUAUUAAUACAUUACAAGUUCGAUUCACUUCCCCUAUUCUUAUGGCAAAGCAUCUUUUUGAAAAACAAGCAAUGGACUAUUUAGUUCCACCAGCUUGCGUUCCAAUCGAAUAUAACGGAGAAUGUCAUGCGAAUCACAUUAGGAAAAUGCAAGCAUCUUUUUCUUGGGAUUGGGGACCAGCUUUACCAUCUGUAGGAAUUUGGAAAUCUGUUCGUAUUGAAGCUUAUAAUUCCGGAUUAAUUCGACACGUUUUAGUAUCAACUGAAGCUGAUCAAUCAGAUAAUUGGAAUGUGAAAGUGACCACUUAUUUCGAAGGAAAUAUAAACGAUGAAUUACUCGGCGAUUUAUUAAUACGAUUACAAACUAAUUUGGAUGUUGUUGAAACAAUUUAUGAUAUUAGUUUUACAAAUAUAGGAAAUGGAGAAUUAGUCCAUACCGCUAUGUUUACAAUACCUAAGCUUCAUGUUGAUCUUUGGUGGCCAAAUGGUUAUGGUAAUCCAACUUUAUAUCAAAUGACGAUAACUUUUAAAAGUUCCAACCAAGAAGAAAUGUGUAAAAAAACAUUAAAAAUUGGUUUUCGAACGAUAUCUUUAGUUCAAGAUAAAAUUGGAACAAAACAAGAAUCUGGUUUAUCAUUUUACUUCAUCGUCAACAACGUCCCAAUUUUUGCAAAAGGAACGAAUUCGAUUCCGUUAAAUAUCUUACCUGAAAAAGGAUACGACUCCACGACCAUUCAGUUCCUUUUAAAAUCAGCUCAGGCAGCCCAUAUGAAUAUGAUUCGUGUUUGGGGUGGUGGUGUUUACGAAUCGGAUGAAUUUUAUGAAGUCUGUGAUGAAUUGGGAAUUAUGGUUUGGCAAGAUUUUAUGUUCGCUUGUGCUAUGUACCCAGUUAAUGAAGAAUUUUUAUCAACGGUUAAAGAAGAAGUAAGAUAUCAAGUGAGAAGGUUACAAUAUCAUCCCAGUAUUAUUUUAUGGGCUGCUAAUAAUGAAAAUGAAGCUGCUUUAAGACAAGAUUGGUAUGGUACUUACUCCGAUUUUGAACUCUACAAAUCUGAUUUUAUUAAACUUUAUGUCGACACUAUUCGUAAUGAAGUCUUUAAAAGUGAUACAUCAAGACAAUUUUUAACGUCAAGUCCAACAAAUGGUUUACAAUCAGAACUUGAUGGUUACAUUGCAUUAAAUCCAGCGAGCAAUUUCUUUGGCGAUGUACAUUAUUAUAAUUAUUUAACUGAUAGCUGGGAACAAGAUUCCAUGCCAAUACCUAGAUUUUCUUCGGAAUAUGGAUUACAAUCUUUUCCAACAAUUCCUUCACUUUUAACCGCAACUAAUUCCACUACAGAUCUUCUUUUCAAUAGUAAUUUCAUGAAACAUCGUCAACAUCACCCUGGUGGAAACGAAGAAAUGUUAGCGUUAAUGUCAAUGAGAUUACCCAUAGUUUCAAAUGAAAAUGAAAACUUUUACAAAGCUUAUAUUUUUUAUACUCAGAUUCAUCAAUCGAUGGGAAUUAAAUUACAAACUGAGAAAUAUCGAAUUUGGCGAAGCAGUUUGAAUAUUAUCGAUCAAGGUUUUACAAUGGGCGCAUUAUACUGGCAAUUAAACGAUGUUUGGAUGGCACCUACAUGGUCCGGAAUCGAUUUUAAUCUUAACUGGAAAAUGCUGCAUUAUUACGCUAAAAAAUUCUUUUCGCCGAUUUUAAUAGCAGGUUAUCAAUCGACAUCGAGAAAUGUCAGUAUUCACAUUGUAUCUGAUUUAACAAGCAAUAUUUAUAAUGCUACAGCUACUGUAAAUAUUUAUAAUUGGGAUUCAUUUGAACCAGUUCAUACUGAAAAUCAUCAAGCUAUUAUUAUGUCUGGAUUAUCAACAUCUAUAACAUCAUUCUGGGUUGAUACCACAUUGUCGGAAGCACAAUGCGGAACAGAUAUUUCCGCUAAAUACGAAUGUUUUCUACAUUUAUCCCUUACAGAUAAUAACGGUUUACCUUUAGCACCUGAUAACUUUCUAUUUCCAGCAGCUUUAAAAGAUUCUCAUUUACGAAGCAGUACAGUAAAGAUUGGGGCUGUAACACAAAUGACUAAAGAUGGAACUGAAUACGAUAUUCAGGUUAUUACAGAUGGUAUUGCUUUAUUUGUAUGGUUAGAAGUUGAUAAAAUCAAAGGAAUUUUCUCCGAUAAUGGCUUUAUGAUGAUUACUAAAGCGACUGUUGUAAAAUUUUAUCCAAAUACACCUACUUCAUUGGAUGAGAUUAAAAAUUAUGUUACUGUGACUCAUCUUACGGACUCGCAAUAUUUUUAAACGUGUUAUUUAGAUAUUUAGAUUAUCAAUAAAGAAUUGUUGAAUUAUUAAA